AUGAGGUAUUGCGUCCUGUGCGGAAUCCCAAUCACCCGAUUAUCCAAUGAACCAUGGCUUCAGGAAUUCAGAGCCGUGUGGGUCGAAACCACGCACUGGGACGACGUCAAGUUGUCCGGGGUCGGCAUCUGUAGUGAAAUUGACCAGGUCGGCGUUGACUCUGUUCCGAGACACGCCGACAGGCGCUACGAUGACCCUCUCGGCCCAGGACCCAUGAUUGACGUCGAGUUGCGGAUAUUCCAGCUUGAGCACCUGAUUCCUCCCGAGUACCGCGUCAGGGAACCACAGGCGUUUUGGGGGUGGGCAUUUCACUCAUCCUGCUGGGAUCUGCUCAAUCAAACCUUUACCCCGGAUCUGAAUCUCCUUUUUGGAGCCCUUCUCUCAGUCCCCAUUGGCUUGGAUGGCAUCAUCAAUUGGGGUCAUACCUAUGGAGGAGCUGCGGCAUUUCGUCACAGAGGGUCAGUCUCAACCCUGAUAAGUUGUUUUCCCGACUUUUUCUACAUUCCUCCAGAUUUUCGAUCGGAUCCUUUGCAUAUCCCCUGUCUUUCAGAUGCCAUCAAGGACCAUCUUGGCGUACAGGAUGACCCUUCCCAGCGCCGCCUUGCAAUUACGAAUGUCUCUUUACAGAAAGACAUGUUCUCCCGCCUAGCCCCUGAACUCCUUGAACAAAUCCUCACCGUCCUCUCCACUCACGAUGUGCACUCCCUACGUCUUGCGUCUCCGGUCUUUGCCACCCUGAACUUGUCAGCAACGUUUUGGGCAUCACGGUUCCGGAAAGGCAACCAGUUUGAACACAUAACAGAGGUUUCCCACAAUCCUCCAAAAUCCUGGAAGAUGCUAUAUCUUACCGUUCGAGCUUUGAGUCGCGAUAAUCCCAACAUGGCUAGUCGAAGACGCGUCUGGAAACUCAUCAAGUGCCUGCAAACCACUGUUUCCCAGAUGGUGAAUACUCCUUGCAGUGGGACCCCCUUGGAAAGUUGGUUCGAAUCUUUCAUGCCAGCCGAGUCACCCAAAGAAGAAGGCUUUUGGCAAAUAGCCAAACGCGGAAUUAUUGAUCCGGAGGCGAGGUUUCACCGUGGCUGUCGAGUCUUGCGAGUCCGGACGCUUCAUACGUCACAACCGCUUCAAGUCCAGUGCGUGUCUGUAUCCCUUGUUCACACGGGCAUGGGUGUUUUUGUGUCUGGCCUCAUAUUCAUCUAUGAAGAUGGAAAACAGGAUGCUCUAGGAUAUAUACACCAAGAUCAAACCGUCUCCAUUCGAUUUUCCACCCCCCAGCGCAUACAAGGAUGGCAAUUGGCUCUCGAUACGUCAGGUAUCAGGUCGAUCGCCGUCGUUACCGAGGAUGGUACGGUUUCUCCUUGGGCAGGGGAGCCGAGAAACUUUCCAAAGUGGCACUUGGCCGAGGACGAAGGCAUUACUGCGGUCCGGGCAGAAUUUGAUGCCUUCAAAAUGGUUUCACUCAGUCGGAAUAAACCUCGCGGUCUUCCAAGCCAACAUGGAUGGCGAAACAGCCGUCUUUGGUACAGUGUACCACCAGAUCAUCUGUUGUUCGACGGAAACGACGACUACCACUCACAAGAUUCUUCCGGCCCGAUCAUCUCAACCGUCUUAUUUGCUGGACUCGACGGGCGUUCCACCUCGAAUCUGGUUGAGAUUGCCAUUUGGACGUUCAACGGUGCCUAUAUUGGGAAAAUGGAAUUCCUCUACGCCGAUGCUUCGCUGAACCAGCACCUGGGCGAUAUGGAGCCCGCCGGGAGCAUCCCCCCAAGAGAACAGAGAGACAGUUACCAAAGAACCUCCAUGACGAUUGACAGCGCCGGGGGCGAGGAGCUAGUAGGUAUCGAGGUCAAAGAGAUGUCGGGCUACGUAAUAGGGCUGAAGCUCCGGACAAAUUUCGGCCGAGAGGUCACAUCCCCUCAGCAUCUCAUGUCAAACAGGAUCAGAUGGAGGGCCAUUAAACCAACCGGCUCAAAGGUUGUCGGCCUGUUUUCUACCCAUAGUCACAUUUUUCAAAGCCUUGGCCUAAUAUCGACAUCCCUAGGCGUUGAGGGUGGCUGA